UCCACCCCAUCCCCCACGACAAGAGAUAACUCGACGACCAUGGAAGGCUGGAACAAACUCCAAACAUCUUUUGCGGGGCUCAAUAUUGGGCAAUCCGCUAACAAGUUCGCCAAGGGCUUCAACUCAUCCGUUCAGGCUACUAGGGAGCGCCUCGGCCAAAUAUCUGCUGAAGAGAUUACUGAACUUCCUCAGGAAUACAAGGAUCUUGAGGCUCGCGUCGAUGCCUUGCGCAACACCCAUCUCACUAUCCUCAAGAUCACCAAGGUCUACGAAGCAGAGACGUACGACUACCCCACACAGAUUCAGGAGUCUAUCGCGGAACUCGGUACCACAAUCGGCCACAAUCUCACUUCCUUCGCUGCUACCAACCUCAAGGGCACAAACCUUCCUACACCCACUCCAACGGCGCCUCUGGCCGCUCAGCACAAGACUCUUCCUCAUGCAUUGGGUCGUGCCGCUACCACCGCCGCUCACACUCUCGGCGCCGAAGACAAACUCGGCAGGGCGCUCGCUGAGUACGCCCAGGCUUGGGAGAAGAUUGCUUCCGCGAGGGAGACUCACGACGCGACAAUUCAGAACAACUUCUUGGCGCCGUGGCAGACGACUCUGGCCACCAGCAUUACUGUCGCCAUGAAAGCUAGGCAGGCCGUUCGGGUUAGCCGCUUGGAACUGGAUGCGGCUAAGCAGACCUUGAAGAAUGCCACACCCACCAAACAGGAGCAUGCUCGUCUUGAAGUCGAGAAUGCGGAGGAUGAUCUCGUGCAAAAGACCGAGGUCGCCAUCACUCUCAUGAAGGCCGUGCUCGAUAACCCCGAGCCCAUCAAGAACCUGAACGAGCUCGUCAAAGCCCAGUUGAUGUACUUCGCCGCCGCGGCCGAGGCUCUCUCAGGCGUGCAAGGGGAGAUUGAGGAAUUGAGCGUUGCUGCCGAAGGAGAAUACAGGAAGUCUCGCGACCACUGAGGCGCCCAGGACGCUGCAGUGAACUUGAAUGGGGUAGGUGCUGUAUAGUCCUGUUCUGCACUUCCAUGCAUACGUUUCUUUCUAUACGCCCGUGUUGUCUCUCAUGCUUUUUUUCUCUACUCCGUUCGAAUUUCUGUCGGACUCUUGUUACAGUAUGCGACAUAUUGAUCCCCUGAGUUGUUUCUCACUCUCUUCGCUGAGACUUCUUCUUUACUCUUAUAUGAUUCCCCGAGGAAAUGAUAUCGCAUGAACGUCACGUUGUAUGUGUGCUACAUUAGUGUGGUAUGAUAUAUGGAAAUGAAAGUACG